AUUUGUGCAGUAUAUGGGUCCACGUAUGUUUCUGUGCCUGCGGGCAUCAUAUAAAUAGUUGUGUUAGUGCAUGAUGCAGCAGCUGGGGAAUACAUCCAGCUGUAAACAGAACAGAGUGCUCCCUCUCUCUCCUGCUCCUCUCUCUCCCCUCCCUCCCUCUCCGUCUAUCCAUCUUUCUAUCUGUCCUCCUGACUGCAGUCUGCAUACAGUGCCACACUACAACUGCUGCUGCUGCUGUGAUACAAGCCAGUGGGAGGAUCAGCUUCUUCUGUUUUUCCUCAAAAAAAAAGGGAAGAAAAAAAUGACGAGACGUCUUCCUGAAGCUGCUGCAGCAGAGGUGGACUUGGCUUCCAAUCUCCUGCAUUGCAUAAUAUUUCCCCUCUGUUCAGACAGAUAAGAUAGACAAAAAGAAGGAGCUCUGGACAACAAGGAUUCGGGGACCGAAGAUACAGAGAAGAGGACAGAAAAGAGCCAUAGUAGAGUGAGGGGGUGUGGAUGAUAUCAGAUCAAAAACAGAGGAGGAGAGAUUGAAUGGCAGAGGGGGGUGUGAGACAGAUGAAACAGAAGAUAGAGUGAGUCACACCGCAGUAGAAUGAGUGUUCGAGAGAAAUACAGAGCCAAGAAGCAUUUAAGCUACCACCCUUUUGCACAGCACUCAGGAUCCAUCGCUUUCUGAAGAGGAAAGAAGAGGAAGCCACCGUGGAGGCGCGAAGGAGAAGAAGAAGGGGGGCUGAGGAGGAGGAAGCCAGAGGUUCUACACACAAGAUGGCUGCUGUGUCCUCUGCCUCUGACACUGGUGACCCCAGGGGCCGCCAACCCCCUGAACGCAGACUGCUGAUCUUGGGGGGCCCACAGUGUGGCAAGACCUCCACCGUCAACACCAUCUUGGGGGACGAGGUCUUUGACGCAGGAACAGAGACAACUCACAGCAAUGUGGGCCACACAGAGAUGUACGGCCGACGUGUCACUGUGGUUGACACCCCUCCAUGGACCAUCCCAGCUGACCCGGAGGACGAUGCAGAAGAAAACAACGACAAUGCUGGCGCUGAGUCGGACUCUCCGCCUCGCGCUCCACCAAGCCUGGACAGUGAGGGGCCGUGUAUGGGGGCCAUUCUGUGCCCGCCUGGUCCCCACGUGAUACUGCUGGUGGUCUCUGUCACCCAGCCCUUCACUGACACCCACAGGAGGGCUGCAGACGAGCAACUAGGGGCCCUGGGUGGAGGGACCUGGAGGUACUCCAUGGUGCUCUUUACUGGGGUGGACAAGCUACCCAAAGGUGUCUUCAUUGAGGAGCACAUAUCAAACACUGGAGAGGCCCUGCAGUGGUUGGUGGAGAGAUGUGGAAGCAGGUACCAUGCCUUUGAUAACACUCGCAAAGAGACAGAGGAUAACACGCAGGUGCCUGAGUUGAUGGAAAAGGUGGAGGAGAUGAUCACCGACAACCAAGGCUGGUACUUUGAGGUGAAUGAGCUGAUUCUACUGGAGGAGGAGCAGGCGAGGAGAGCACUGGAGGAGGAGAGGAUGAGGAUGGAGGAGCACGCCAGACAGAGGGAGCAGAUGAUCGGAGGACCUCCCAGAGAGUUAAGGUUGCUGUUGUUGGGUUGGAAGGGUGUUGGAAAGAGCUCAGUGGGGAACUCCAUCCUGGGCCGCCGGUACUUUGAGUCGGGCCAGGAGACUGAUCUGUGCCUCAGGAGGCAAGCGCUGGUGUCAGGCCGCCGGGUCACCAUCGUGGACACCCCAGGGUGGGACUGGUUCUCGGUGAGGCGAACGCCAAAGCGCAUCCGCCAGGAGUCCCAGCGGGGAGCUGCCCUGCUACGUCCUGGCCCCCACACGCUGCUGCUGGUCCUCCCGGUCGUGUCAUCCCUCACGGCCAGAAAGAGGCGAACACUCCUGGCCCACUUAGAGGCUCUGUUUGGUGACGACGCUUGUCUCCACACCAUGGUGCUCUUCAGCUGCGGCGAUUGGCUGGGUUGCACGCCCAUCGAAGAGCACAUUCUUCGAGGCGGGCGGGAGCUGCAGAGACUACUUGAAUACUGUGGGAACUAUUACCACGUCCUGGACAGUAAGACCCCCGGCAAAGACAGGAGUGUGUCAGUCCUCCUGGAUAAGAUAGAGGAGAUGAUCAGGGAGAACGGUGACAAGGCCUUCCUCCCCAUACAGGUUGAGUGGUUGAGUGAGGAGAGCUCUUACUCCUCUGACAACACCGAGCCGGAGGAUGACUGUCGAGGAUGCCAGCUGCAGUGAUACAAUCACACUAAAAGGAAAGCGGUCCAGACUCUGUAUCAGAGUUGUGAGUCUCCGAAAAAGGCCCAAACAUCACCUCAUGUAACUCUAACCUCAUCUCUUUCCACCUCUGUGAAGUUUGCGGGUGAACAAAUAUGCUUGGAGCAGGCGUCUCGUCAUGAGUUGCUCUUUGUUAGGAAGCAAAAAAAGAACUGGACUCGCUGGUCACUGAGCAAAGCUCGACCUGGACUGACAGUCACAACCUCAUCUGAGACUAAACGUUUAGAACACCACAGCCUCGCGGAGAGAUGUGCUCAUCCCUCCUCAUGAGCAUGCUCAUAGAAAUCAACCGCUGCUAAAGAGAAGCUGAUUCAGCACUACAGAGAAAAGAUUUACUCACCAUUGUGACUCUGUGUUCGCACUGCACUGAUAACAUUUGUAUAACAAGGUGAAAAGUGUACGAAGAUGACGAUGACCUGGUAGAUUUGGGCUCAUGUCUGCAGCAAAUGAGUCACUCUUGUCGAAUAGAAGAUGUUUAAAUGAUUCACGAUCCUAAUUUAUACUAGAAUAUGUGCACAGUGUAAAACAUUACAUUUGGGACGAGGUAAAAGUGAAACGUGAUAACUUCCUGAUCUCCUCAGAGCCAAAUCAAAAUAUUCCUCGUUAGUAAUUGAUGAGUUUGGCUCGCAGAGUCUGAAAUACGGAUUCAUGCCAAUUGCAGAGCUGCAGAUGUGAGUCACAUAUGAAUUAGAAUUGAGUUGUUUUUUUUGUCCUGUGAACGUUUGCAGGAUCUAAAAGAGACUCAACCUUUGCACUUAGGUUGAAACGGGUUACUUUGACUCUCAUGUGCCAAACGCUGAACUGAAGACCGUCAAAAGCAGUAAACAUAUAUAUAUAUAUAUAUAUAUUUUUACCCCCACCUUUACUGUAGCAUUCAUGCUCAAAAGGAGCACUAAAAUAUUGUGGGUCACACUGAGACAAUGUGCGCUCUCAGAUCCCUGUGGAGUUUGCUUGGGCUGGCUCUGCUUCGCUGUUUGUUGUCAUGUAUUUAUUGACAAGGUAAGAUUCAGCAAUGUGCCUCAGCAUCAAAAGCGUGAGAGUGGGAGUCCGGCCCCCCCGCGGCAGGCCAGUAUCCUUUACGCUACUUCAAGCUUUUGCAUGCCACAGCAACAAUAUAACCUCAUGAACCAUUGGAGCUGGCGUAGGGCUUUUAGAACAUUCUUUUCUACAUCCUAGACACAUCUGUUCCUGUCGGCUGAUGUGACAUUUUGAAGAAAAAGAAAAAAAAGAAAAGAAAAGAAGAAAAAGGAAUAGAAUAUACACAUUUAACCAGCUCUCAGAGGCAUGUUAAGUCACCGCAUGCAGAUCAACGAGUGCCUAUAAAAGUUAAAGGCAACCUCACGUGUUACUGCUCUGACUCUCGCUUGAGCAGAUCUAUGUGAAUUUAUGGUACAACAUAACAACCCUCUACCUUUACAACUGCAAAAAACAAAAAAAAACAAAAAGAAAAAGUGGGGGGGAAAAAAGAGAAUUCAAACUUUGGAAGGUACAUGUGGUGAAGCGCUGUCAAGAAUGGGGACAGUUGCAUCUUUCUUUUGUUCGUCAGGCUCCGUGCUCCGGCUAAUCUGAAAUAUAGAGACGAAUGGAGCAUGAAAGGUGUCAAAUCUUAAAUAUGCUGAAGUGCGGAGCCAGAACGUACAAAAGAAAUGUAUAGUUGUUGAAAUCCUUAUGGUCUGGACUGUGUAGUAUGUGAUCGAUACCACUGCCAUGCUGUAAAAUUAGAUUUUAUACAGAUGCUGUAGCCUUUAAAAGAAAACCCUGACACUGCUUUCUCUGUGCUUUACUGACUCUGUGCUUCAUCUCGUGAUGUAGGCUGCUGCAGCACUUCUUAGUGUGGCGAUACGCAUGACUUCCAGUAUUCAUUCGGAGUCUUAGUCCCGCUCCAUCCGUGAACCUGUUGUAUACGCGGUUUGUAUUUACAGUAUAAAAUAUUAAGUUACAUCAUAGGCUUUAAGCAUUUUGCACUGUGUAUCACUUUACUGUAGCCAAAGUGGAGUUAAUUCUUGUGUGGUCCUCUGUACAUGGUGAGAGUGUCAUCAGUACUUUGCUCAUCCCCCAGACAACAAUAAAGAAAAAUAUAUGGA